GCGUCAGGGCAGAGGCGGGGUGGGGCGCGGUUAAAAGGCGCUGCAGGUGGGAGCGGGGCCUUCACCCCGAGCCAGGCCGACAGCCCGACUCCCACUCGGUCACCACCCGCCGGAGAGCGGCGGCGCGGGAGCCGACCUGUCGGUCCCACGGGAGAGGAGGGCGCCGUCCCGCGCCCAGAGCCCGCGUCCCCGCGAACAGGUGACAUCCUUGCUGACUUCAGAAAGCAAAGAAAGAUUCUAUUUGUAUCCCCACUGCGGACAGCUGACUUCUGGGCAAUCAGGUGGUGGAGGAGAAGAAAGUCAGAAGCCUUGAAGAGGGACCUUGCCCUCAUUUCUUCCAGCCUGACUCCUGGGAGUCCUUAGCAAUAGGCUCAGGGACAAGAAAAUGUAAGACAAGUGGGCAGAAGGACAUUGGUGACUCCAUCGUACCUCAAAAGUGUAUGAAAAAUUGCCUGAGUGCAUUCUUCUGAGGAAUAAAACAACACAAUGGAUUGGGGGACCCUGCACACUUUCAUUGGGGGUGUGAACAAACACUCCACCAGCAUUGGGAAGGUGUGGAUCACAGUCAUCUUCAUCUUCCGAGUCAUGAUCCUUGUGGUGGCUGCCCAGGAAGUGUGGGGUGAUGAACAGGAAGACUUUGUCUGCAACACUCUGCAACCAGGAUGCAAGAACGUGUGCUACGACCACUUCUUCCCCAUCUCCCACAUCCGCCUGUGGGCCUUGCAGCUGAUCUUUGUGUCCACCCCGGCACUGCUCGUGGCCAUGCAUGUGGCCUACUACAGACAUGAAACUGCCCGCAGGUUCAGGAAAGGAGAGAAGAGAAAUGAAUUCAAAGACCUAGAAGACAUAAAAAAGCAGAAGGUUCGAAUAGAGGGGUCCCUGUGGUGGACAUACACCAGCAGCAUCUUCUUCCGAAUCAUCUUCGAAGCUGCCUUCAUGUAUGUAUUUUACUUCCUCUACAAUGGGUACCACCUGCCCUGGGUGCUGAAAUGUGGGAUUGAGCCCUGCCCCAAUCUUGUUGACUGCUUUAUUUCCAGACCAACUGAGAAAACUGUGUUUACGAUUUUUAUGAUUUCUGCAUCUGUGAUUUGCAUGUUGCUUAAUGUGGCCGAGCUGUGUUAUCUGCUGCUGAAAGUGUGUUUUAGGAGAUCCAAAAGAACCCAGACCCAAAGAAAUCACCCCAACCAUGCCAUAAAAGAGAGUAAGCAAAAUGAAAUGAAUGAGCUGAUUUCCGAUAGUGGUCAAAAUGCAAUCACAGGUUUUCCAAGUUAAGCAUUUCAAGAUAAAAGUGUUAUCACAUCCUAAGAAAACAUUUGUCUUCUCCAGGAGAAGACAACCUGCAAAUCCCCUCUCUAGGCUGUAAAGUUUGUCUUUAUAAAUGACUUUCAUAAUAAGUAGAUACUUGAGUUCACUUUUUGUAGAAUACUU